AACGAAUAUACCAACACUCAGAGUCAGACUCUCUCAAUCCAAUUCUGGGACUAACUCUACCUUCUUCAGUUCUUCCCUUUCCCGCUCUUCUGAUCAGUCGCUCGCUAUCAAUCCGGCUCUAAAUCCCAAUUUCCAACAUUGAUCAACCUAGGGUUCGCAAUUCCAUCGCCUUCGCAUUCCCCUUGUCUCUUCCAAAAUGCAAUUCAUUCUAGUGCUCCCACUGGGGUUUCGCUGAAAGAUGCCGUCUUUCUUGAAAUCGCCUCUCCUCUUGCUCGCUUCCUGCCUAGCGUUGCUGUCCUGCAGCUGCUGCAAUGGCCGCAUCUUCAGCUUCGAGAUGCACCACCGCUACUCCGAGACCUACAAGAACUGGUCGACACACCGGAGAACCGUCCGGUUCCCUCUUGAGAACUGGCCGCAAGAAGGAAGCUUCGAGUACUACGCUGCGCUGGCACGUCGCGACCAAUUCCUUCGUGGACGCCGGCUCUUUGGGAAUGCGGACGACGCCCCGCUAGCUUUCGCUGAUGGGAACUCCACUUUUCGGAUUAGCUCCUUGGGUUUUUUACAUUAUACGACGGUGGAAUUGGGGACGCCUGGAGUGAAGUUCAUGGUGGCCCUAGACACGGGGAGUGACUUGUUCUGGGUGCCUUGUGAGUGUAGCAGAUGCGCACCUACUGAAGGAUCUGCUUAUGCUUCUGUAUACGCGCUUAUCCCUCCAUUUUCCAUCUUCUCUAUUUUGCUAGUUAGGACAGCAGUAAAGUCGCUGGUGUCAAGAAAUUGCGGGGCCGAUGAAAUUGCGACGGGAUUUUGAAUUCAACAUUUACAAUCCCAGUGAAUCAUCAACGAGCAAAAGGGUAACUUGCAACAAUGACUUCUGCACUCACCGCAGUCGCUGCCUUGGGGCUUUCAGCAAUUGCCCUUACACGGUCUCUUAUGUUUCCGCUAAAACAUCCACUUCAGGAAUCUUGGUACAGGAUGUUUUGCACUUAACUUCGAAAGGAAGUUCUGCAGGUGUUGUUGAGGCAACAGUUACUUUUGGUUGUGGACAGGUCCAGAGUGGCUCAUUUCUGGAUAUUGCAGCUCCUAAUGGUUUACUUGGGCUUGGCAUGGAGAGAACUUCUGUUCCUAGUACUUUAUCCAGGGAAGGGCUAACUGCAGAUUCUUUUUCAAUGUGCUUUGGGAGUGAUGGUGUUGGAAGGAUCAAUUUUGGGGACAAGGGUAGUCCUGACCAGGAGGAAACCCCAUUUAAUCUCAACCCAUCACACCCAACAUAUAAUAUCACUGUGACUCGGGUUAGAGUAGGAACAACCUUAAUAGAUGCAGAUAUCACAGCUCUUUUUGAUUCUGGGACCUCCUUUACUUACUUAGUCAACCCAAUCUACACAAGAAUCUCAGAGAGUUUCCAUUCACAAGCACGAGAUAGCCGACGCCAGCCUGACUCUAGGAUCCCAUUUGAGUAUUGCUAUAAUAUGAGUCCCGAUGCAAAUGCUAGCUUGAUACCAAGUAUGACUCUGACCGUCAAAGGAGGCAACCAUUUUGCUGUCUAUGACCCAAUAAUUGUCAUCUCCACUCAGGUAAUCAAUAUAUAUAAGUCCCCUGACAUGCAAGUUAUCUCGAUUCUCACUUGUGCAGAGAACUUCAUGACAGGGUACCGUAUAGUGUUUGAUAGAGAAAGACUUAUGCUGGGGUGGAAGAAAUUCAAUUGUUAUGAUGUUGAGGAGUACAGCAAAGUCCCUGUGGAGCCAUUGACGGUUCCCCCCUCUGAUGUUGGUGGCGCAGGAUCUCACAACAACUUGACCACUGAAGAAGAUGAUGAGGAAACAAGGCAAGAGGGCACUGAUAACCUUGAUACCUCCAUUGCAUCAUCAUCGCAUCAGUGUGUUAUAAUCACAUCAGCCACAAAACAAGUGAUUUUGUUGCUCUUGUUGUUGCAUUUAUGGUGAUUUCUUUUUCUUUCUCAGCCUGAUGAUGUGGUGACUUUGGUCAGUCAAGUCAACCGCGGUUCAUUUAUGAGAACAGGACAAGUGCCAUGCUGAUAAGAGGCAUACGUACAUACCGUGUUGUUCAGUUCAUAGGGAGACAGUAGGAACUGAUACGAGAGGUGGUGGAUCCAUUCUUCUUGCCUCCAGAUCUUGUGUUUUUGUGUAUGGAGAACUAUGGAAUGUAGAAAUUGCAUCCAUUUCUCUCAGCUUUGUUCUUUUUGAUAGGCCACACACUGGCCUGCCACUUCUUCCUCUUUGUCAUCGAUACAGACAUGCGCUAGUGUAGUAUAGGGCAAAAGUUUCACUCUAGAGUAGUAAAAAUAGCAGAAACUCAACGAUACAAUUCAGUUGUAGCAUUGCAGUUAAAACUUCAUCUUGAUCCUUUCCAAUAUCCGGCGAAGCAACGAGGUCACUUGACCCGGCAAGAACGUAUUUCAUUUAUCUAUCUACACGUACA